AAACAAAAACAAACUAUGUUAAGAAAAAAAGAGGAGCAAAAAUGUUAAGGUCGAGAUUGAGUGAAAAAAAAGAUGUAAAUCCGGGCAGAGAUUGAAUGAAUACACUGCACAGAAACCGUACCUCACCAUAACACACACUAACGGCUAUCUAUCGCAUCGUCACGUCGUCAUUGAUUGAUGCAUCCAACGGGCCUCUGCAUUUACCCAAACUCUAGCGUUCUUCAGGACAACAAGAAGGUGGAGAAGGGUAGCACGGUCAUUUUGUUUCAAACCACUCUCACCGUCAGACGACAGAUAUAAUUACAUGGAGACAGAAACUCAAAAAGACAGCUCAUCCCUCCCUCCACACACAGUUCACUGAAAGCCCUCCUCUUCUUUAAAUUCCCCUUCUUUCAUUUAUUUAAAAUUUUUAUUUAAUAAAAUCUUGUGUUCUGUUCCUUUAAUAUUCCUAGAUUCCUUGAUUUCGAUUCAACACUCGAUGCGGUGACAAAUCCAUAGAUAGAUAGAGAUAUUUGGCGCCGGAGGUUUCGGACAUUUUAUUCGCCUUUGAGAAGAAGAUGUCGUUGUUCGAUGCUGCUUUCGUCAAUACGGAGCUCUCUAAACCGACGUCGAUCUUCGGUCUCCGGCUAUGGGUCGUCAUCGGAAUCUUACUCGGAUCUCUUAUAGUCAUCGCCCUCUUCCUCCUCUCCCUCUGCCUAACCUCUCGCCGCAAAAACCGCAAACCGAGAGCCGAUUUCGCUUCCGCCGCCGUCGCUACGCCGCCGAUUUCUAAGGAGAUUAAAGAGAUCGUUCCGGCGGAGAUCCAGGUGGAUAUAGGGAAGAUGGAGCAUCGAGUGGUGUUCUCGGAUCGAGUGUCGAGUGGAGAGAGCAGAGGAACAGCGAGUGCGAGCGAGACGGCGUCGUAUUCGGGGAGCGGGAACGUAGGGCCGGAGGUUUCGCAUCUGGGAUGGGGAAGGUGGUAUACACUGAGGGAGCUGGAGGCGGCGACGAAUGGGCUGUGUGAAGAGAACGUGAUAGGAGAAGGUGGUUACGGGAUUGUGUAUCGUGGGGUUUUGACCGACGGUACUAAAGUCGCCGUCAAGAACUUGCUUAAUAACAGGGGACAGGCAGAGAAGGAAUUCAAAGUAGAAGUGGAAGUGAUUGGGCGUGUACGACAUAAGAAUCUCGUUAGGCUUUUAGGUUAUUGCGUUGAAGGUGCUUACAGGAUGCUGGUGUAUGACUUUGUGGAUAAUGGCAAUUUGGAGCAAUGGAUUCACGGUGAUGUUGGUGAUGUCAGCCCUCUUACUUGGGAUAUCCGUAUGAACAUUAUACUCGGGAUGGCUAAAGGAUUGGCAUAUUUGCACGAGGGUCUUGAACCAAAAGUGGUUCACCGAGACAUAAAAUCGGGAAAUAUAUUACUUGAUCGCCAAUGGAAUGCUAAGGUUUCGGAUUUUGGACUUGCUAAGCUCUUGGGUUCCGACAGCAGUUAUGUGACAACCCGUGUCAUGGGAACCUUCGGUUAUGUAGCACCGGAAUAUGCAUGCACCGGAAUGUUGAACGAGAAGAGUGACAUCUACAGCUUUGGAAUAUUAAUCAUGGAGAUCAUCACUGGGAGAAACCCUGUUGAUUAUAGUCGCCCUCAAGGAGAGACGAAUCUAGUGGACUGGUUGAAAACAAUGGUAGGAAACAGAAGAUCAGAAGAAGUAGUUGAUCCCAAAAUAGCGGAACCACCGUCCUCAAAGGCUCUUAAACGAGUGUUGCUAGUUGCUUUGCGUUGUGUGGAUCCAGAUGCAAACAAGAGACCUAAAAUGGGGCAUAUCAUUCAUAUGCUUGAAGCUGAAGACUCACUCUAUCGCGAUGAACGCCGAACAACGAGGGACCAUGGAAACCGAGAUAAGCAAGAGACAGCGGCUAGUGAAAGUGGGGAGAGCGGUUCACGGCAUCAUCAGCAAAAGCUAAGAUGAAAAAGAGGAUCAUUUUAAGUGACUUUGCUUCUCACGCACACGACCCAUUCCAUUUCAAUUGAUUCUUAUUAUUAUUGUUGUUGUGUUACUUUCACUCACAUAAUAUUUUUCAUUCUUUGGCUCUUGAGUUACGUCUGAUUAACCUCUCUUUUUUUGUUUUUUCUCUUUUGUAAUCUGUUGCCAACGAUCACAUGUCAUAUAUAUAUAUAAAUUAUAAAAAUGUAAUUGUUUUGGACCAA